UCUCUCUCUCUCUCCCUCUCGCUCUCGUCUGUGACCAGCAUUUUGGCAGUGCUUUUCUGCUCAGGCUCUCACAGGUGACACUCGGUUUGGAACUUGGCCGCAGGCUCGGAGCGCGUCUUCCUCGCCGCUGCGCCGCCUGUGCGCGUAUUCGCGGACGCAUGACGCACUUUGCCGGGGCUUUUCUGGGGGGAGCUCUGCUGGUGUCGGACAAGUUCCCCUGCUGAUUGGUAGGUUGGUCAUGUCCGCCUGCGUUUGCCUCGGCUCCACAGACUGGCUCGGUACCGAAGUUGCUCGGGAAUAAGGCACAGAAGGAUGAAGAAGUGGACAAUGGUCAACGGCCAUGAUCUCUCUCUCUUCUGAGGCUGGCUUUCUCCUUUGAAACAGCAGACUUCUAGAUCAUAAAUAAUGUGUUGCGGGAACCUCCUCCGAGCUGCGUAAACUUGGCCAAACCCGGUGACAUUGCAGCCUCCGCGUUCUUCCCCGUGUGCGCCGCUGGACGCUGGUGAAGAUGCUGCCCGCCGGGGGGAUUUAAAAAAAAAACAGCAAAAGGAGGGAUUAUUAUCAGUCCCUCUUCCAUUGUCAACUCAAGAUGGAUGCCGAGGACAGGCUGCAGAGACGGUUUAGCCACUCAGCCACUGAUCUGCUCGACAUCUGAGAGGAUUGACCAGGUUCAAAGUUUGGAUCAAACGGUCCACAAGGAUGCAGUCUGGGGUGAAGACGCUCUCCGCAGGUGGAGGUGCGUCACUUUGCUGCCUGCUGCUCCUGUGGCUCAUUUACUCCCAUCUGCUGAGAGAAGGCCAGUUGGCGGUGGGAACCUGUGAGAUUGUGAUGCUCAACAGAGACAGCAGCGUUCCCAGACGAACCAUCGCGAGGCAGACGGCCCGCUGCGCCUGUCGGAGAGGCCAGAUCGCCGGCACUACCAGGGCGAGACCAGCCUGUGUGGACGCACGAAUUGUUCGGAGUCGUCAGUGGUGUGAGAUGUCUCCCUGCAUGGAUGGGGAAGUCUGCAGCCUUCUCUUCAACAGAUCUGGCUGGACCUGCACCAGGGGAAGUGGUCGCAUCAAGACUGUUACGCCUUUGCCAAAGGCGCCGUCGUAGGAUGCAGCAGACCAACCGAAAGUUUUCCAGGGCCAGCGUGGUGAUCUGCACAACACUCCAAACUAGUAAAGAUCCAUCCAUCCAUCCUCAUCUUUAUCCAUUGCAGCAGCUUCAGAAGGCCACGCCAAAUGCACUUCUCCCAAGGAACGUCCACCAGCUCCAACUGGGGGAUCCCGAGACAUUCCCAGGCCAGUGUAGAAAUCCAAUCCCUCCACAUGGUCCUGGGUCAGGCCUUCGGUCUCCUCCUAGCUGGCCGUGCCUGAAACACCUCCAAAGGGAAGCACACAGGAAGCAUCGUCAUGAGAUGCCUGAACCACUACUGAAUGUCAACUGACUCCUCACAACACAGAGAAAAAGCAGCUCUAAUCCGAGUCUCUCCCGACUGACAGAACUUCUCACCUUAUCUCUAAGGGAGACGCCCACCCUCCGUCUGACAAAACUCAUUUCAGCCACUUGUAUCAAGGAUCUCAUUCUUUUGUUCAU